AUGAAGGACGAUGAAUUUUUUUAUGUAAUUGACACGGAUAAUGUUGGUAGACUUCACAACGUAGUGUGGGUUCACACACAUUGCAAGUAUGCGUAUCGGGAGUUUAGUGAUGUUGUUUGUUUCGAUUCAACGUACUUGGUGAAUCAAUGGCGCAUGCCGUUUGCAUCUUUUGUUGGUGUGAAUCAACACAAACAAUCUAUUAUUUUGGGUUGCGCUUUGCUCACAAGUGAGGAUAUUGAGACAUAUAAAUUUGUUUUCUCUACUUGGCUGGCAGCAAUGAGCAAUGCACCUCCAACGGCUAUCCUCACUGAUAAAUGUGAGAGUAUCAAGGCAGCAAUUGCAGAGGUACUUCCAGACACCAUCCAUAGGUACUGUAUUUGGCAUAUUAUGACAAAGCUGCCUGCAAAGCUUAAGGGUGUGUGGGACUUUAAGACUGCCAAGUUCGAUUUUAAAUCAAUAAUCUAUAACAGCAUUACUAUCAACGAAUUUGAGGAAAAAUGGGUUGGCUUUAUUCAAAAAUACGAGCUUCAGCAUAGACUAUGGUUUCAUAAUCUAUACUUAGAGAAGGAAAAAUGGAUCUCUAUCUUCCUGAACCACUAUUUUUGGGCUGGCAUGAUGUCCACCCAAAGAAGUGAGUCAAUGCAUGCAUUUUUUGAUGGUUAUAUAUCCGAUCGAAGCUCUCUAAAGCAGUUCGUCGAGCAGUAUGAGUUAGCCUUGCGAUUUAAAUAUGAGAAGGAACUUCAAGCAGAAGCUGACUCACGCAAAAAGCAUGCAGCGCCUUGUAGUGGUUUUGAUUGGGAUUUGCAGCUUCAAACCCAUUAUACUCGACCUAUUUACGAUGCCUUUGCAGCAGAGCAUUUGAAGCGGUUGUACCACUGUGAAAUUGAAAGACACCAUGACUUCAAUGCGUGGAGGGAGUUGAGAAGUACAGUGUAA